ACUUCUGAGCACUUUUUAAAAAUUCACUUAUUUAAUCCUCAAAAUGAGUAUAGGACAUGGUUUGUAUCAGUAUGCUAAUUUUAAUCAUGAAGAAACUGAGGCUUCAGGAGGUACAGUAACUCACCCAAUCAGGCACAACUAAGAUGGGGUGGAGUCAGGACGCACAUGGGGUCCUCUGAGCUUGGGUUCUCAGUCACCGCGCUCUUGUUGCCUUCCACAGGCCUCCAGCGGUCAUUCAGUAUUUGAUAUGGAAGUGAUCUUAGAUGGUAUCUAGACUUGAGAUUUCCAAUGCAGUCUUCUGACUGAAGACCUCUGAUGGUGGGCGGUCCCUCUUCUUUUGACAGAUGAGAGUGUACAGAGUCAGAGAAUCAGAUAAGUGAUGGAAACGGAGGGUCCAUGUGGAGUUCUCCUGACUUCUACUCUAGUGAAUGCUCAACCUGCAUUCUCCUAGAGCCUCAACCCUGCUUAGGAACCCCUGGCAAGAGCAACUGGACAGAGUGAAGCUCCCCAAGAGGGGAGAGACCAGGGUCACAGAAAAAGACGCACAUGAAAAUUGGUGUAGUGCUAAGCGCAGAGUAAGGGCUCAGUGUACACCAACGCCUUUGAGGAUGUCCACAUGGCCCAUUUCUGUGCUUGAGGUGUGACUGGGGAAGGGGAAAUGAGGCCAACAGGUGGAGAAGGGUUUCUUCUUCUGAGCCCGUCAUCGCUAGUGACACAUCACAGUCCUUACCAAACCCCAUGGAUCACGUAAAAUGUCAUUGGAAACCUUGUAACUCACCAUUAAAACUGCUGCAUGUAGGAAAACAAUUGCCUGCCCUAAAGAGGUGACUUAUGAUCGCCCUUGGUUGUCUGUGUUUCUCUUUAAUUACAGCCCCUCUUUAAACACUUGGACACAGAAGGCCUUUGUCAACGUGAACUCUCUCUCUCACAGACCUCCACAUGCACACUCUCCCUUUCAUUUCCAGAGCGUAAACACCAUCUCUUACUCAUUCACAUAAUGAAUUUCAGCCCCACACAUCUCAGCUGAAGCGGGGCCCCAGGAGAAUAGUGGGCACCAGAGCACUCUUCCUGUUCCAAAGCCCCAGGGGGGCUCUUGCGCCCGGAUCCUUUACGGGGAGAGAAUAAUGGGCAGAAAGUGCUCUUUCUGGGACUAGUCCCAGCGUUCCCUUCCACAGCAGAGUUGUUGACUCCAGCAGCCACUCUCCUAAGAAAAUUCCAAACUUCUUCCGCACACCCCCUUCUCAUGCUUCAGAUCUUCACGCACUGUCCCACUCCUGCUCCUCCUCUUACAGGCUCAACCCAGAGCCCUUUGGUUUUGGAAAGAUUUUCUAGGUCUCAGGAGAGACAGGAUAGCCUUCCUUGCUCUACUUGCCCUCCAUCCUUCUCAGAAGAAAGACGUAGGUUUUACUGAGAGCUAAGAAGGACCUUGGGGCCCAGAGCCUGAAACAGGGCUCCCAGACUCCCCUCAAAGUCAGCUCGAACUCGUGACUUGAUGGCACUGCACACCCUCAGCUUCUCACUCCAGUGUCCUUCCUGUGUUUGGUCAAGGAUCACAGGAGAGAAAGUCAGGGAGGAAGUACUCUUUCUUUCUUUUCUAAGAAAUACUUUGAGGAUGCUCCCUUAAAAAAAAAUGUCUAUUUUCAUUUAUUUAUUUGGCUGCUCUGGGUCUUAGUUGUGGCAUGUGGAAUCUUGUUCCCUGACCAGGGAUUGAACCCGGGCCCCCCUGCAUUGGGAGUCUGGAGUCUUAGCCACUGGACCACCAGUGAAGUCCCAGAAAGUACCUUUUCUUGAUGAUUUUUCCACUGUCCACCAGUGCCUCAGCCCCUCUUUGGCAGGAAGACCACCCUUUUCUCCACAUCCCUGGGCACUGGUGUGCUUGCUGGUCAGUGCUAAAUAUGGCUCUCCAUCACCCAACCCCCUCCAGUCCUGGGUGGCAGCAUUUGCCCCCUUGAGCGGUAUGAACACUCCCACAGGACCUGGUCCGAGCUUCUGUCAUGAUGCCCCUGCACGGGGUGAUGUGGGACGGGCACCGCUCAGUCCUGCCCUCCCACCCUCACCCUCUGCUCUCCUCUCUGCACCUCCCCCGCAAGGUGCCGGGGUCUGUCCUGGAGGACUGGUGAUGAUCCCCCAGGCUCCAGAGCACAGAUAAUUGUGCUCAAAUCAUUAGGACGUGAUGGGGCUUGUUAUUACACAUGAUUUAUAAGUUCACAUAACUAAAAUGUUAGUGACAACUGUGUAACAGCUGAUUGGCAAAGUUCUUGAAAACGAACCAUUGGUACCAGCCCAUCCUGCCCACCCGUGGCCCGGGCAGCCAUGGGUUCCAAACAAGCUCUCCAUAGGCCCCAGAAUGUGCCCUUCUGGCAGCAGUAGCACAUGUACAGGGGCAAUUCUUGGUUCUGGAUUUUUUAGGGGACACUGUGAUGAGGAAAUUGCAACGGGAGGGCUGAGGUGGGUCUGGGAGAGGGGGUUAGCCUCCAGUCUUCAUAUUGCAUUCCUGACCCCAACUGCCUUGAGACCCAGGGCGCAGCCAGCCGAGGGUCCGGACUGAUGCUCUGGGCACUGGGGCCGGACGCAAAUGCAGACUCCGCCGCUGGUUGCUCUGGCCAGCCCACGCCUCCUGCCUCAGCGCAACGCCACUCCCUCCCCGCCAAGUGGCUCUGUGUUCGGGAGGCGGGAUCGAGUUCUUCGGUGGCCCCAGGAGGCUGCAAGCUUUGGGAGGCUGGGAGAGGAGGGAGGGAGAGCGCUGACUGGGCAGUCCAAAGAGGAGGGGGCCUUUAAUAGGCUCGCCCAGCUCCUGGUUUGAGGCGCUGCGAACCGCUGGGGUUCGGAGAAGCGGCCGGCACCUCCCUCUAGCUCUCCGCUGCAAAUCUUCGUCCUUGCACUUGACAGCGAUUGUACUUAAGCUCCCUGGGCGCGCUCUGCUUGGAAAGGCACAGGUAGGAGGCGCGAGCUGCCCGGUGCACGCUCACAGCUCUGGGAGGAGUCUCCCUCCCUGGGGUUCUCCUUUCUGGGAGCUGCGGGCGGCCCGGGGCGUCGGUGGUUCCGGUGUGCGGGCUGCAAGGAGACUGUGCCGGCGGCCGGGGAGCCGGGCCGGGCCCUUCCGAGAGCGCGGCUGUGCGCUGCUCGGCGCCAUGCUUCCGCUGGGCAUCUUAAUGCUGGUUCUCGCCGGGGCACCCGCUGGCGGCUCAGAGCCAGAGCGGGAGGUGGUGGUUCCCAUCCGACUAGACCCGGACAUCAACGGCCGCCACUACUAUUGGCAGGGUCCCGAGGACUCCGGGGAUCAGGGACUCAUUUUUCAGAUCACAGCGUUUCAGGAGGACUUUUACCUACACCUGAAGCCAGAUGCUCAGUUCUUGGCACCCGCCUUUGCCACUGAGCAUCUGGGCGUCCCCCUCCAGGGACUCAUCCGCAGCUCUCCGGACUUGAGACGUUGCUUCUAUUCUGGGGACGUGAAUGCCGAGCCAGAUUCGUUCGCUGCCCUGAGCCUGUGCGGGGGGCUACGCGGAGCCUUCGGCUACCGGGGCGCCGAGUAUGUCAUUAGCCCGCUGCCCAACACCAGCGCGCCGGCGGCGCAGCGCAACAGCCAGGGCGCACACCUCCUCCAGCGCCGGGGCGCCCCCGGCGGGCCUCCAGGAGAUCCCACGUCUCGCUGCGGGGUGGGCUCAGGCUGGAACCCCGCCAUCCUGCGGGCCCUGGACCCUUACACGCCUCGGCGGAUCGGCUUAGGGGAGGCUCGCAGCCGACGCAGGUCCGGGCGCGCCAAACGCUUCGUCUCUAUCCCGCGAUACGUGGAGACGCUGGUGGUGGCGGACGAGUCGAUGGUCAAGUUCCACGGCGCGGACCUGGAGCACUAUCUGCUGACGCUGCUGGCCACCGCGGCGCGGCUGUACCGCCACCCCAGCAUCCUCAACCCCAUCAACAUCGUCGUGGUCAAGGUGCUGCUUCUCGGAGACCGCGACACGGGGCCCAAGGUCACGGGCAAUGCGGCGUUGACGCUGCGCAACUUCUGCGCGUGGCAGAAGAAGCUGAACAAAGUGAGUGACAAGCACCCGGAGUACUGGGACACGGCCAUCCUCUUCACCCGGCAGGACCUGUGUGGGGCCACCACCUGUGACACCCUGGGCAUGGCCGAUGUGGGCACCAUGUGCGACCCCAAGAGGAGCUGCUCUGUGAUCGAGGAUGAUGGGCUGCCCUCGGCCUUCACCACCGCCCACGAGCUGGGUCACGUGUUCAACAUGCCCCACGACAAUGUGAAGGUGUGCGAGGAGGUAUUCGGGAAGCUCCGGGGCAACCACAUGAUGUCCCCAACACUCAUCCAAAUCGACCGUGCCAACCCCUGGUCAGCUUGCAGCGCGGCCAUCGUCACCGACUUUCUGGACAGUGGGCACGGAGACUGCCUCCUGGACCAGCCCAGCAAGCCCGUCUCCCUGCCCGAGGACCUGCCGGGCGCCAGCUACCCGCUGAGCCAGCAGUGUGAGCUGGCCUUCGGUGUGGGCUCCAAACCCUGCCCCUACAUGCAGUCCUGCACCAAGCUGUGGUGCACGGGCAAGGCCAAGGGCCAGAUGGUGUGCCAGACGCGCCACUUCCCCUGGGCAGACGGCACGGGCUGCGGCGAGGGCCGCUUCUGCCUCAAGGGGGCCUGCGUGGAGAGACACAACCUCAGCAAGUACCGGGUGGACGGCUCCUGGGCCAAGUGGGAGCCCUACGGCCCCUGCUCGCGCACCUGUGGAGGGGGCGUGCAGCUGGCCCGGAGGCAGUGCAGCAACCCCACCCCCACCAACGGCGGCAAGUACUGUGAGGGGGUGAGGGUGAAAUACCGCUCUUGCAACCUGGAGUCCUGCCCCAGCUCGGCCUCUGGUAAGAGUUUCCGGGAGGAGCAGUGCGAGGCCUUCAACGGCUACAACCACAGCACCAACCGGCUCACCCUGGCCGUGGCCUGGGUGCCCAAGUACUCGGGCGUCUCCCCACGGGACAAGUGCAAGCUCAUCUGCCGAGCCAACGGCACCGGCUACUUCUACGUGCUGGCUCCCAAGGUGGUGGAUGGCACGCCUUGCACCCCAGACUCCACCUCAGUCUGCGUCCAGGGCAAGUGCAUCAAGGCGGGCUGUGAUGGGAACCUGGGCUCCAAAAAGAAGUUCGACAAGUGUGGGGUAUGUGGAGGAGACAAUAAGAGCUGCAAGAAGGUGUCAGGACUCUUCACCAAGCCCAUGCACGGCUACAAUUUCGUGGUGGCCAUCCCAGCAGGCGCUUCCAGCAUCGACAUCCGCCAGCGCGGCUACAAGGGGCUGAUCGGAGACGACAACUACCUGGCCCUGAAGAACAGCCAAGGCAAAUACCUGCUCAAUGGGCACUUCGUGGUGUCGGCCGUGGAGCGGGACCUGGUGGUGAAGGGCAGCCUGCUGCGCUACAGCGGCACGGGGACCGCGGUGGAGAGCCUGCAGGCCUCGCGGCCCAUCCUGGAGCCCCUGACGGUGGAGGUGCUCUCCGUGGGCAAGAUGACGCCGCCGCGGGUCCGCUACUCCUUCUACCUGCCCAAGGAGCCCCGGGCGCCCUCCAUACACCACAACAGCGUCCUCAGCCUCUCCAACCAGGUGGAGCAGCCGGACGCCCGGGCCCCCGCGCGCUGGGUGGCGGGCAGCUGGGGCCCGUGCUCGGCCAGCUGUGGGGGCGGCCUUCAGCGGCGGCCGGUGGACUGUCGCGGGUCCCCGGGGCAGCGCGGGGCAUCCACCUGCGACGCUGCACACCGCCCGGUGGAGACGCGCAGCUGUGGGGAGCCCUGUCCGACCUGGGAGCUGGGCGCCUGGUCGCCCUGCUCCAAGAGCUGUGGCCGGGGGUUCAAGCGGCGUCCGCUCAAGUGCGUGGGCCACGGAGGGCGGCUGCUGGCGCGUGACCAGUGCGACCUGCGCCGGAAGCCCCAGGAGCUGGACUUCUGCAUCCUGAGGCCGUGCUGAGCCAGCGGCCCUCCUGCCCACUGUCGGCCGUCAUGCUGCCGCCUCCCUGCCAGCUGCCCACACAAGGCAGCGGCCCGGGGCCCAGGCCACGAGGUCACCCACAUCCAGGGACAAGGACCUGGGCGGGGAAGCGAAGUCACUAAGGCACAGUCUACCUCACGCCCGGCUCCUCCGGGGCCAGCCUCACAGCGAAGCUCAGAGGGGUGCGGAGCUGGGCCGGAGGCGCGGGCCCAGCCUCCCAGGGACAGGAGGAUGGACGGGCGCCUCGCAGCAGAACUUCAGGGACCAGCCCCCUGCAGGGAGGUCGCAGGCUGCUGGAAGAGCCACGGCCCAGCAGCUUGGCACCCUCAGGGGGCCCCAGGGCUCUGAGCCGUCUCUGAACAGGCAGGUGUUUAUGGUGCUUUCAGCCACUUUCUUUCCUGCCUGACCGGGACUGAACAGUGAAAACUGGCUGGGGGUGGGCAGAGCCGAGGGGCAGGGGCAGGGCAGGUGUAACUGGAGCCUGGGCCACUCCAUGUGGAACGAGGUGUGUGCAGGGGCGGGGAGCCGCCUGGGUGCAUCUGCCUUCCUCUCUCAGCCAUCCCUCCGAGGGCCCCCUCUCCUCCCCAUGUCAUCUGGUCUCCACACUAGUGGGAGGGCUUGCAUGCCAGUGUCCUCUGAGGCUUUGCAGGUGGAGGCAGGCGGGCAGCACGGAGACUGUUGUCUUCUUCACGAGGGAUCCGAUCACCCAAAAGAGAUACUGAAGCUUUCAAGGGGUGACAGGCUCUGUUGCUGAAGCAGUGAAGAGUGAUCUGGAAGGGUCUGCUGUCUCGAGGGCUAGGCUUUGAGGGCAUGUCACCCUAGGGAGCGAGGAGGAGGCGUCAGUUCUGAAGGCUUCUUCCUCCAGGGAGGCAGGUAUAAAUAAGGCCGUUAUCCUAAACCAGCAUGGCCAUGGUGCUUACCCUGCUGGAGGGACGUGGGACACUCCCAGAAGGGCCAGGUGCCGAACAUCCAGGUGGACAUCGUCUGAACAGCUGCACGUGGUCUGCCCUGGGGACCAUCCCACUGCAUCGCAGGCCACACUUUCUGCAGUUGGAUAAUGGGGUUCUCUGUUUGCUACCUCAGGUCUGCUCUCUGGGUACACGCCCUUCCCUCCCCAGGGCAGUGGUGACCCUGGUGCUUCCAGCAGCCCCAGCUGUCGUCCUCCAUAGACUGAGCUGCCCAGACGCAGAGAUGAACUAGGGUGCCUGCUUCCUGCCUCCCACAGCCUGGCCAUCCCCCAGGCCCCCAAAUGCGACAGGGUCUCUCUCUUCAGGUGCCUUGGGGACAGGUUUCAAGAGGCAGCAACAAUCAGUUAGCUGACCCAGAGGCCCUUGGUGCUGCUGGAGACUUGUCUGUCUCAGAGACACAGUAGGGGAAUGGAAACCAGGAUAUUUCCUACAGCUCCAAGUGGGAAGAUGCUUUGGGCUAAGAGCUUCUUUGGCUGAGCAGGGUAUUUCUUGAGGGUGCAGCUGCGCUAGCACGAACACCAGAGAUUCUGGUUCUGAGGGCAGGUGGCGAGUCCUGGACCUCAGUGAGGCGACAGCAAAACAAGUGUCUUCCCUGGGAAAGGCAGUCAGCACUUGUAUCGGGUUUCCCUGUAAGUCAGAGUCUGCAGACCAGCGGGCCAGCCAGCGAGCCUGGGACCGUAUUCUAAUCCUGGUCUAACCCUGGCUGAGCCCUUGAACAAGCUCCCGCUGGGGGCAGAGGGCAGGUGGGUCUCUUAGGCUGGGCUGCUGUCACCCUUGAAGAAGGUAGAGAGGAGAAACCCCCUUCCUGCCUGAGUGAAUGCUGGGGGGCUGCAGGGCAGAGGUGGACUCCCGCUAGCUGACGACAGCACCGCACCCCGCGCUCGGCGCACCGCUCCCUGGUGAGGAGAGGUGAGGUGGCGCGGGGACGUGCAGAAAGGUGGGUGGGAAGGGAGCGGCUGUCCGUGGGGGCGUCUGGCCCCUAGCAGAGCGGCUUGAGGAAUCAUUUUAAGGAGGGACAACCAAUCUUGUUCCUGACACAUGCUGGAUCUCAAUGCUCUUUUCUGUCGUGAUGUUUUUCUUUUACCAUUUUUUUUUUUCCCUUUGAAAAGAAGUACGAGCAAGACAAGUUGGGAGGUAUGUCUUGUCUGGGACCACGUCACUCAUCCAACCAUACUCUCCAAGAACAUACUCUUCUCUAUGAGCAGAGAGAAGCCUGAAGGCACAGGUUUCUGGUGACGGAGCAAAAAGUUAAGGUGAUCUCUCAUGUCUGUGGAAGAAGAGGAACGUGCUGGGGGCUGCAGCCACCUCUUGGGUGGGGCGUGCACCAGCAAGGGUCUGCCUGUCAAGUGCACUGACUCCAGGGGCCCAGCCUCGCAGGUCUUGCCGUGGGGGGCGGGGGUGGGGAGCUGAGGACCGGUGGAAGGUCCUGAACAUCCUCGGCCUGGGUGCUGGCUCUCAGAGGCGCUAGACACUGUCACGGACAGAGCCCCUCUUGUGUUUGGUUCUUUUGCAUUCCGGGUACUGUAGAAGGACGGAAGGACCUGGGUGCUGGCGGGGCUGUGUAUACUGUGUAUACGUGGGAGCUGGCUGCUGCGGGGACGACGGCCUGCUCCCAAUAAAGCUGUAUUUAA